GGCGCCGCCGCCGGAGCCGAGCAGAGCCGCGCGCAGCACGGUGCGCGCAGAGCCGAGCGGGGGCGGCGGGCGCAGCUGCGGGGAUCCUCAGCCCAGGACAGACGAUCGGAUCCGAGGGACCCGAGAGCCCCGGAGCAGCGGGGAGCGCGCCCGGCGGGCCGCGCACGGAGCUGGAAGUCGUUCUCGGAGGAAAUGGGGCCGAGCGGGCCGGGAGCCGAAGGGAAGGAAACGAGGGAUAGCUGAUGUCAGAGCUGCCCGGAAAGUCGCGCUGGGGAAACCUGAAGGCAAAGGGCUCCGCGCCUCCCGGGAGGGACCCCGUCGGCACCCACGCCCCUGCGCGCCCGGGUCCCCGCGCGCCCGCCACCGGCACGGAGGCCACCCCAGGAAUACAGACAGGCAACCGGCGCGGGCCGCGGACCGGAAUGAAUCCGGACUCCGUGUGGACCUGGCCGUCGCUGUGACUCCGCGCAGGCAGGGACCGGGCGCGCUCUGCCCUGGGCAAGCGGCAGCCGAGGCGGACCGAGGGAGGACGCAGGGACAGACAGACGUCGCCGAGCUGGAACCAUGUAAGGGCUGAUCCAGGGAAGUGGAAUUGUACACAGAGGAGCUGUUUUCCCAGUCUCACCUCUCGGAAUGGAGCAGAUGAGGGCCCAGCCAUGGGCCACACAGGUUGACAGCCGGUCUGUGGUUCUGCUCUGGGUGGUCUGGCUGCUGCUGGCCUCUGGGGCCACUGGCAUGCCUCAGUUCAGCACCUUCCACUCUGAGAACCGUGACUGGACCUUCAAUCAUUUGACUGUACACCGAGGAACAGGGGCUGUGUAUGUGGGAGCCAUCAACCGUGUCUAUAAGCUGACAGGCAACUUGACCAUCCAGGUAGCUCACAAGACGGGGCCUGAGGAGGACAACAAGGCCUGCUACCCACCCCUCAUUGUCCAGCCCUGCAGUGAGGUGCUCACACUCACCAACAAUGUUAAUAAAUUACUGAUCAUCGACUACUCUGAGAACCGCCUGCUGGCCUGUGGCAGCCUUUACCAGGGCGUCUGUAAGCUGCUGCGGCUGGACGAUCUUUUCAUCCUGGUGGAACCAUCCCACAAGAAGGAGCAUUACCUCUCCAGUGUCAAUAAGACAGGCACCAUGUAUGGUGUGAUUGUGCGCUCUGAGGGGGAGGACGGCAAGCUUUUCAUUGGCACGGCGGUAGACGGCAAGCAGGAUUAUUUCCCUACCCUGUCCAGCCGGAAGCUGCCCCGUGACCCCGAGUCCUCUGCCAUGCUGGACUAUGAGCUCCACAGUGAUUUCGUCUCCUCCCUCAUCAAAAUUCCCUCUGACACCCUAGCUCUGGUCUCCCACUUUGAUAUCUUCUAUAUCUAUGGUUUUGCCAGUGGGGGCUUUGUCUACUUCCUCACUGUCCAGCCGGAGACCCCUGAGGGCGUGUCCAUCAACUCAGCUGGAGACCUCUUCUACACCUCACGCAUUGUGCGUCUCUGCAAGGAUGACCCCAAGUUCCACUCCUAUGUGUCCCUGCCCUUUGGCUGCACACGUGGCGGGGUAGAAUACCGUCUCCUGCAGGCCGCUUACCUCGCCAAGCCUGGGGAAGCACUGGCCCGGGCCUUCAACAUCAGCAGCAAUGAGGAUGUGUUGUUUGCCAUCUUCUCCAAGGGGCAGAAGCAGUACCACAACCCACCUGACGACUCUGCCCUCUGUGCCUUCCCCAUCCGGGCCAUCAACUUGCAGAUCAAGGAGCGGUUGCAGUCCUGCUACCAUGGCGAGGGCAACCUGGAGCUGAACUGGCUGCUGGGGAAGGACGUGCAGUGUACCAAGGCGCCAGUCCCCAUCGAUGAUAACUUCUGUGGCCUGGACAUCAACCAGCCGCUUGGAGGCUCUACCCCAGUGGAGGGCCUGACCCUUUAUACUACCAGCCGGGACCGCUUGACCUCCGUGGCCUCCUACGUUUACAAUGGCUACAGUGUGGUUUUUGUGGGCACUAAGAGCGGCAAACUGAAGAAGAUUCGAGCUGAUGGUCCCCCUCAUGGUGGGGUCCAGUAUGAGAUGGUCUCUGUGUUCAAAGAUGGUAGCCCCAUUCUCCGGGAUAUGGCAUUCUCCACUGACCAGCUCUACCUGUAUGUCAUGUCUGAGAGACAGGUCACCAGGGUCCCUGUUGAGUCAUGUGAGCAGUACACAACUUGUGGAGAGUGUCUAAGCUCGGGAGACCCUCACUGUGGCUGGUGUGCCCUGCACAACAUGUGCUCCCGCAGAGACAAGUGCCAGCGGGCCUGGGAAGCAAAUCGAUUCGCUGCCAGCAUCAGCCAGUGUAUGAGCCUUGAGGUGCACCCCAGCAGCAUCUCUGUGUCAGAGCAUAGCAGGCUGCUCAGCCUGGUUGUGAGUGAUGCCCCCAACCUCUCAGAGGGUAUCGCCUGUGCCUUUGGGAACUUGACAGAGGUGGAGGGGCAGGUAUCUGGGAGCCAAGUCAUCUGCAUCUCACCUGGACCCAAGGAUGUCCCUGUCAUCCCUCUGGACCAAGACUGGUUUGGCCUAGAGCUGCAGCUGAGGUCCAAGGAGACAGGAAAGAUCUUUGUCAGCACAGAGUUCAAGUUCUACAACUGCAGUGCCCACCAACUGUGCCUGUCCUGUGUCAACAGUGCUUUCCGCUGCCAUUGGUGCAAGUACCGUAACCUUUGCACACAUGACCCCACCACCUGCUCCUUCCAGGAAGGCCGGAUCAAUGUUUCAGAGGACUGUCCCCAGUUGGUGCCCACAGAGGAGAUUCUGAUCCCAGUCGGGGAGGUAAAACCAAUCACCCUUAAGGCCCGAAACCUGCCCCAGCCCCAGUCUGGCCAGAGAGGCUACGAGUGCGUGCUCAGCAUCCAGGGGGCUGUUCACCGGGUCCCCGCCCUACGCUUCAACAGCUCUAGUGUGCAAUGCCAGAACAGCUCAUAUCAAUAUGAUGGGAUGGACAUCAGCAACUUAGCAGUGGAUUUUGCAGUGGUGUGGAAUGGAAACUUCAUCAUUGACAACCCUCAGGACCUGAAAGUACACCUCUACAAGUGUGCAGCCCAGCGGGAAAGCUGUGGUCUCUGUCUCAAGGCUGAUCACAAGUUUGAAUGUGGCUGGUGCAGUGGUGAACGCAGAUGUACCCUCCACCAGCACUGCCCCAGCCCUUCCAGCCCCUGGCUUGACUGGUCCAGCCACAAUGUGAAGUGUUCGAAUCCACAAAUCACCGAGAUUUUGACAGUAUCUGGACCACCUGAAGGAGGGACACGUGUGACCAUCCACGGUGUGAACCUAGGCCUGGACUUCUCUGAGAUCGCUCACCACGUGCAGGUGGCUGGGGUGCCCUGCACGCCCCUCCCGGGGGAAUACAUCAUCGCUGAGCAGAUUGUCUGCGAGAUGGGCCAUGCCCUCGUGGGUACCACAUCUGGGCCUGUGCGCCUAUGCAUCGGGGAGUGCAAGCCGGAGUUCAUGACCAAGUCCCAUCAGCAGUACACUUUUGUGAACCCUUCUGUGCUGUCACUCAGUCCCAUCCGGGGACCAGAGUCAGGAGGCACCAUGGUGACCAUCAUGGGCCAUUACCUUGGCUCUGGGAGCAGUGUGGUAGUGUAUUUGGGCAACCAGACCUGCGAGUUCUAUGGGAGGUCAAUGAAUGAGAUAGUGUGUGUAUCACCCCCAUCAUCCAAUGGGCUGGGCCCAGUCCCUGUUUCUGUGAGUGUCGACAGAGCCCGGGUGGAUAGCAGCCUACAGUUUGAGUACAUAGAUGACCCUCGGGUCCAGCGCAUUGAGCCAGAAUGGAGCAUCACCAGUGGCCACACACUCCUAACCAUCACGGGAUUCAACUUGGAUGUCAUUCAGGAACCAAGGAUUCGAGUCAAGUUUAAUGGCAAAGAAUCUGUCAAUGUGUGUACUGUGGUGAACACAACCACCCUCACCUGCCUGGCACCCUCUCUGACCACUGACUACCGUCCAGGCCUGGACACUGUGGAACGGCCAGAUGAGUUUGGAUUUCUCUUUAACAAUGUCCAAUCCUUGCUCAUCUACAAUGAUACCAAGUUCAUCUACUAUCCCAACCCAACCUUUGAACUGCUCAGCCCCACUGGGGUCUUGGAUCAGAAGCCGGGCUCACCCAUCAUUCUGAAGGGCAAAAACCUCUGCCCACCUGCUUCUGGAGGGGCCAAACUCAACUACACAGUACUGAUCGGAGAGACACCUUGUGCUGUCACUGUGUCUGAGACCCAGCUCCUCUGUGAACCGCCCAACCUUACAGGGCAACACAAGGUCAUGGUUCACGUGGGCGGGAUGGUGUUCUCGCCUGGCUCGGUGAGUGUCAUCUCCGACAGCUUGCUGACCCUGCCAGCCAUCGUCAGCAUUGCAGCUGGUGGCAGCCUCCUCCUCAUCAUCGUCAUCAUCGUCCUCAUUGCUUACAAGCGCAAGUCUCGGGAGAACGACCUCACACUCAAGCGGCUCCAGAUGCAAAUGGAUAACCUGGAGUCCAGGGUGGCACUGGAAUGCAAGGAAGCUUUUGCGGAGCUUCAGACAGACAUCAAUGAGCUAACCAGUGACCUGGAUCGAUCGGGAAUCCCCUACCUAGACUACCGCACCUAUGCCAUGCGAGUCCUGUUCCCAGGCAUUGAAGACCACCCAGUCUUGCGGGAACUUGAGGUGCAGGGGAAUGGACAGCAACAUGUGGAGAAAGCCCUGAAGCUCUUCGCCCAGCUCAUCAACAACAAGGUGUUCCUGCUGACCUUCAUCCGCACACUAGAGCUUCAGCGUAGCUUCUCCAUGCGAGACCGCGGCAACGUGGCCUCACUCAUCAUGACGGGCCUGCAGGGCCGCCUGGAAUAUGCCACUGAUGUUCUCAAGCAGCUGCUGUCUGACCUCAUUGACAAGAACCUGGAGAACAAGAACCACCCCAAGCUGCUUCUCCGCAGGACUGAGUCUGUGGCUGAGAAGAUGCUGACCAACUGGUUUGCUUUCCUGCUGCACAAGUUCCUGAAGGAGUGUGCAGGGGAGCCUCUCUUCAUGCUGUACUGUGCCAUCAAGCAGCAGAUGGAGAAAGGCCCCAUCGACGCCAUCACCGGCGAGGCCCGCUACUCCCUAAGUGAGGACAAGCUCAUCCGGCAGCAGAUCGAGUACAAGACUCUGAUCCUGAACUGCGUCAACCCGGACAAUGAGAACAGCCCAGAGAUCCCAGUAAAGGUGUUAAACUGUGACACCAUCACACAGGUCAAGGAGAAGAUCCUCGAUGCAGUAUAUAAGAAUGUUCCCUACUCCCAGCGGCCAAGGGCUGUUGAUAUGGACCUGGGUAGGAACCUGGAGUUGGAGUGGGAGGAGUGGCGCCAAGGCCGGAUCGCCCGGGUGGUGCUGCAGGACGAAGACAUUACCACCAAGAUCGAAGGUGACUGGAAGCGGCUCAACACACUGAUGCAUUACCAGGUGUCAGACAGGUCAGUGGUGGCUUUGGUCCCUAAGCAGACUUCCUCCUACAACAUCCCUGCCUCUGCCAGCAUCUCUCGGACAUCCAUUAGCAGAUAUGAUUCUUCCUUUAGGUACACAGGCAGCCCUGACAGCCUCCGGUCUCGGGUCCCCAUGAUCACCCCAGACCUAGAAAGUGGAGUCAAGGUGUGGCAUCUGGUGAAGAACCAUGAUCAUGGUGACCAGAAGGAGGGUGACCGGGGCAGCAAGAUGGUGUCUGAGAUCUACCUGACCCGGCUCCUGGCCACCAAGGGCACCCUGCAGAAAUUUGUGGAUGACUUAUUUGAGACCCUGUUCAGCACUGUGCACCGGGGCAGCGCUCUCCCUCUGGCCAUCAAGUACAUGUUUGAUUUCCUGGAUGAGCAGGCAGACAGACAUAGUAUCCAUGACACAGAUGUGCGGCACACCUGGAAGAGCAACUGCCUCCCUCUGCGCUUCUGGGUGAAUGUCAUCAAGAACCCCCAGUUUGUAUUUGACAUCCACAAAGGCAGUAUCACAGAUGCCUGCCUCUCUGUGGUGGCACAGACCUUCAUGGAUUCCUGCUCCACGUCAGAGCACCGACUGGGCAAGGACUCACCUUCCAACAAGCUGCUCUAUGCCAAGGACAUCCCCAGCUACAAGAGCUGGGUAGAGAGAUACUAUGCAGACAUAGCCAAGCUCCCAGCCAUCAGUGACCAGGACAUGAACGCCUACCUCGCCGAGCAGUCUCGUCUGCAUGCCACAGAGUUCAACAUGCUGAGUGCUCUCAAUGAGAUCUAUUCGUAUGUCAGCAAGUACAGUGAGGAGCUCAUCGGGGCACUAGAGCAAGACGAGCAGGCCCGGCGGCAGCGACUGGCCUACAAGGUGGAACAUCUCAUUAACGCGAUGUCCAUCGAGAGCUGAGAGGAGGACUUCCUGUUCCUGGAGGAGGGACCCAUCCAAGCUGUCACACUGUAGUCUCAGAAGGAAGGACAGGACGAGUGAAGGAGACCAGGCCCCAGAGCUGGCCGCCCCCCAAAACCCCAUCCAGGGGAGAGGGAGGGCCCCUCUCUUGACAACAGCCACGUUUGGUUACAGCCAGUUCCUGUGAGGACAGCAAGCACCAUCCAUGGCAGUGAGAGCUGGGGAUGCCAGGGACGAGGAGAAGAUGGCCCUUCAAGCUGAGAGGCUUGAGCCAGAUGGUUCUGCCUCUGUGACUGCUGCUUUGCAUGAAAACUCCUUUGAUGUAUAUUGGAAAAUAAUGAGAACUUUAUUUAAUUUUUUUUAAGAAAAAGGGAAAAAACAGAAAUAAAACAAAACUAAAGCCUCCCUGUCAAUCCCGUCCAACUUUUGUUUAAUCCUGAUUUGUCCCCUUCCUCAGUAAUCUCUCUCCUUCCUGUAACAUCUCUUUCCCAAUGUCAGAAAAAGCCUAGGGAGAGAUGCUGAGAGAAACUGGUAUAGAAAUGCUCUCCUCUCCCUCGAACUGAAAGGAAAAGGAGGAAAGGGAGGAAGGAGCACAAUUUCGCACUAAAUGCUUGGCAAAGAAGCCAAGAAGGCUUGGAGCACACAACAGCCAGAAGAGCCUGGGAACUACAGGCCUCUGUGGGAAUCUCGAAGCUGAACAGCCCCCCUGGCUGACAGAAAACAGCUUUCCAUGCCACACACCUGCGUAUUGUCUACUGAGAGGAAGGCUGUGCCCAUCAAGAAUUUAUGACCUAUGGGAAUGUCUUUUCAUUUGAUUCAUUUAAUCCCAAGCCUCAACAAAUGAGGAGCUGUACUUUUCCUUUGGUUUCCCUAGAGUGGUCAUCAGAAGUGGAAGAGGUGGGCCUCACACCUCCUCCCUGAGGAUGCUGAACAGAGUUCCCUUUUGUCAUAUGCCAGGCACCCGGGGGCCAAUACAGAUCAGGCCUCCCCAGGUUUGCUCUGGGAGCUGACUGGGGACAUGGGUAUUUGCCUUUGGAUUCCAUUCCAACCAUCCAGUGGUUUCUGGCAAUUAAAAAGAAAACAAACUCAAACACCGUUUACAGUAAGCAAUACUUGAAGAACACAGGUUUAAGAAGCGGCAGUAUUUAUUAUUACACUUUCUCUUGUGCCUAGGGAGGGGAAGCCAACCUUCACUCAUAUCCAGAAAUCUGGGCACACUGCACUUGCCUCAGUAGAAAUGACUGUGGCAUCCCAGCGUCACUGUCAUCUCUGCCUCCCAUGGACCCAUGGAUGUGAAGGACAGUGGAUGAUUUUCUAAGGGCACCUAUCUUUUCCUCUGUUUCCUAAUAUCUAACACUUUGGAUGACUAGCUCUCCUGAGUGUAGCUUCCACACAGAGGCCAAAGCUCCAUCCUCAGGUCCAAAGGCCCCAGAGGAGGAGCACUCUCUGGUGGCAGGGCAGGAAAUUAGCAACUGGGUGGUGCUCAGGGAGUCCAGUCCUCCUGCUUUAGCAUGGACCCAAGCAGCCAGCUCCAAUAUCUCUGCAAGUAUCAUCUGAGUGAUAGAAGGACAAGAGAAAGGCAGAGGGGAGAGCUGAAGAGAAACCAUCUCCCCUUCCUGCCUUCUGCUUUCCAAAGGAUCAGGAAUGCCAGGCUGCAGGCACCAGCUACCCUACAAGAAGCUGGACUAGAGUCAUUUCCUUCACAAUUAACUCAAGCCUCAGCUUUUCUGUACCCUGCUACACCCUCAAAUGAUUCCAGUUUCCUGAGACUAUGUUGACCACACGUAACUCCCAAUAUAGGGCAAGAAAGGGAGCAAAGAAAGUGGCUUCCAUUCCACACAUGUGUCUUCGAAUUGCUGUCUCGUACACAGCAGACACUGCCUGGGCUAUUCAGCUUGUUUCUUGCCUGAAUGCAGCUGAUAAACAGGGAGAGAUGCAUUCAGCAAAAUACUCAGGAAACUUGCUGAUUUCAUGCUGAUUCACAACCAGCCAUCGCAAGGCCAUUUUCUUCUGAUAAUCUACUUACACUAAAGUUUCUUGGGGCCCUGUUAACACUAGUGACUGGCCUUCCACACUAAGCCAAAGUGUUUACUCUUCACAGCACCCAAAACUUAUCAUCUCAGAACCCCAUAAUUUAUGAAAAUGAAAGAAGAGAUGAAGGCAAGAAGACUGUGAACAGAAGACGGUGCUACCCACAACAGACUCCACCCUUUCAUUUUCCUUCCCAGAUCCGUUCAAGUAAAGGCUUUCUGAGCUUCUGCUUCUCGGGCUGAUGUCCAGAGUGGUGUUUCACCAAGAAGUAAAAAGAAGUUCAGUAUCUCACCAUCUUACCCAACCCAUCCACCCCCGCCCCCGCCUCAGUGUUUCUACGUGGUGUCUCUCAGCAGCCACAUAUGGUGGCCUCUCACUGCCUCUGGGAUGCUUCACUGAAGAUAUGUAGACAGUGUAUGGUGAUGGCGGGGACAGCUGAUCAGAGUAGAAUGGAAAGGAGCAGGGCCAGCCAUGAGUGGCAGUCUGGCCAUAUUGUUAAAGAUUCCAUGAGAGAGGCAACUUGGGCUGGGGAAAAAAUGACCAAGGAGCGUGUGUCUAAGGGAGAAUUAAGAAGGAAUACUUGGCUGGAAAGAGCUGGGGUGAGUGAUUGCUGAAUCUUGCUCUCAUUCUAAUUAUCUAUCCCUCCACCAACCCUUUGCUUUGGUCCAACAAGAACCAAUGGAGUCUGUUCCCUAGGUUAUGAAGAAGAGGAGAGGAAGGCUACUCUUCUUGCUCUUAUCCAAUUUGAAGAUAUUUUGGCCUUUUGAUUAAAAAAUAUAUUGAAGCCACAACCCCUCCCCACCAGAAGCCAUACGUCUUUGGAGGAGGCAAGAAAUCUCUCUCCGAAGCUUCCCCAGAUUUGCUUUGUUGUAUUGAUCUACCCAAAUGCCAGUUCUCUGGGAAAGGAGUAGGCCUCUGGAGGGCUUGGAGAGAUAGGAUGCUAGUAGACUAGAUGGAAACCUGUUCUGGACCUGACAACACCUCCUGCCUUCUGUGUGGGUCAGGCACUUCUGUGUCUGAUAUCCUACCUCUUUCCACAGUCUGACUCUCAAAAUCACUUCUGACCCCCCUCUCCUUAUGGAGGGCAGUCAUUCAAAGCAUGGAUGCAGUGUGACCCUCACAGAAGGAGGGAACUGUGUCCUGCAUCCAUUCACUUGGAGAAGGUUCAAGAGCAGCAGUCAUCCACCAGGUUCUUCUAAAGGUUUUGAAAACAAGACAAGAAGAUCCUUCCAGAAAAUUCAUCCUCUCCAAGUUGCUGGUCCUGCCAACACAGCAAGAUGGUUCUCCCCUCCCUCCCUGGCAGAAGGCACCAGGUGCAUAGAAAAUGAGGUGCCAUGAAGGAAGAAGUCUGACACCCAGCUGCCUUACCUUAUCCUGGGGUCAGGUCCCCAGCAGUGAGAGCUGCUUUCAUUUCUAGUGCGGCCAGAUCUUCAGAAGGCACCACUUUGCUGCUUGAGCUCCUGACCUUCCCUCAAUUCUACCAAAUAAGGAUACAAAAUAGCAGUCACGACCCCAGGCCCUGCUGAGCCCUCAGCAGAAGCAGUGGUGGCUGUGCAAAGACUAGCAGUGUCUGACAUAGCAAGCAGAGAAGGCCGGGAGUCCUUGGCUGUCAAGUCUCCAGGUGCCUCACAACUGCCACUUCUGCAACCUCAACUACUCCUGAUGAUAGUGAGCCAGCAGUUACUCUAGAAAGGCCCUUCUUUCCAGCCACACUGUGUCAUGGGGCUAAGACUUCUGGGACCUCGACAUAGGGAAGAAUUGAGAUACAGAGAGCUAGGAGAGUAAGAAAAUGCAGGGUGGCCUCAGGGAUCCAGGGUAUGGGGCAGAGCCCACGGUGGGUGGAGCCUGGGAGAGAAAGGUCCGGUCCUCCAGACCCUGUCCCAGGAAUGUGGUUGGAGAAGACAGUGGCAUUGUUUUCAUAACUCUAAUCUCUUUCCCCUCUCUCGAUCCUUUCUCUUAGUUCCCCAGAGUAGAAUUUUAGCAUCUGGAGCCCAGUGACACCCAUAUCAAAGGGUAAAGUUUCUCUUGGUACUUUCUCAUUAAGUUUAGGGAAUGUCCUGAGAGACAAUCAAGGCCAGUGCCUGUCAGACAGGCCUCAAUCCAAUAAGCAAACUGGAGGUCCCCUGCCUUCCACAGACCCGCAACUCUCUCUCCUCCCCAACAUAGCCCCGGCAGGCUGGGCUGCUCCCUUCCUGCCUCUGUGCUGCCUGAACCUUAGGAGCCCCAUCCAAGGAAGUGGGAAGCUUCUUGCAGAGCUCAGUCAAGGUCAUCACUUUGACUUUACUGACCUCCAUUUUGGCAUCAGAGCAUAAUGAGGCAUGGUCCCCGCCAAACAGGACUGAAGUUCCUGAGUGUAUGGGAGAGAAAGGGACACGUUCUUUACACCACAAGAGAACCCUGAGCCCACCUGCCUCUCCUCGUCCCCCUCCUACUCAGACCCCUUCCCAUGACACACUGGAAUCUGUAUUAUAUCUAUUUUUAAGAAAGUACAACUCUGGUUGUCUGGUUUUGUUGUUUUUACAGGUGUUAUGAAAUAAGAAAAUGAAGUAUUUAAAAUGUUCCAAUAAAGCGGGAUUUUUGUUAUUCUAAUAUAUUAUCAUGUACCUAUUGUAAAUACGAAACUCCUAUUUUGCAAGCCAACGACACAAUUUGUACUGUUGUUAUAUAUAAAUAAAAUUUACUGAAUUAAAAAAAAAACACCUUAAA